CCUGUCUCUCGGUACCGGGAGGUUCUGUGUUCAUACUACUGCCUGCCCCCCCACCCCAACAUAAUUGAGAUGCGUGAUGUGGUUGUCGGGGACGCCCAUGCCUACUUGUUCUUCCCACGUUCCUACGGGAACCUAGGGGUGAUGCUCCAGGCCCGGCGGCUACCAGAGGACACAGCCAGAUACCUGUUCCGCCAGCUGGUGUCGGCUGUGGCACAUUGCCAUAACAAUGGACUAGUUCUCAGAGACCUCAAGCUGAACAAGUUUGUCUUCAAGAACAAGGAGAGGACCCUGUUGAUGCUGGAAAGCUUGGAUGAUGUAGUCAUAAUGCAGCAAGGAAACACCUCCCCCUAUUGCAGUCCAGGACAUGGGGACAUCUCUGGCAGUUUGUGGGUCUGUGCUCCAGCUACAGAUGUCUGGUCUCUGGGAGUGAUGCUCCACGCGUUGCUAUUGGGCUGUUACCCUGUUGGGGCUGGACUAACCCAAGAGGGGGCCUUACUAACCUCGCAGGCUCGCUGUCUGAUACGCUCAGCCCUGCAUUCUAACCCCAACCUCCGCCUCUCUGCCUCCGAGCUUCUCACACACCCCUGGAUGUCCACACAUGCACAGGCAUACACACAGGCACAUACAGCAGAUCAGACUGUACCUACCUGACACACACACACACA